UAAAACUGCAACGACAUUAUCCCAAACUAAAAUUCAUUUAACAAACUAUUACACGCUCGUUUUAGCAUUUAACUAGCUGAUAAUUACAAAUAUCUACAUGAACUCAGUUUUCAUACAUUUUCACUUUGGCCAAUCACUCGAAACCAGUGACAAGGACGACGACAACGAUGACCAUCCGCGAGUUCGCAUGGUCGUACGAACAUCCUUUAGCUAGCAUGAUCCUCACACUACAAAUGCUCAGCGGUAACUGAGCGAUGCAAAGCAACAUGAGCAAUACGAUCACAAAACAUAUACACAGUUUCUGUUGAGCAUGAUCAGCAGGCGAUGAAUGAAAAUGAAGAUGAAGCGUGAAAAUUGCUCCCGAAUAACUUAAGAUACAACAACAAAAAGCAAAGAUUUCUGCAGUUUCCGGAAACAAUGCAGUGCAACAACAACAGAUAGAAGACGUAAAAGAAGUUGUAGACAAAAUUUUGAAAAAAAAAUUGUAAAGAAUGAAGCAGAAUUUUCGAAAACACAAUAGCAUAUUUUCUAAGAAAAUUUAGCUUCUUAAAUGCACAUGAUAUUAUACUGCUAAAAAUGAAAAGGACACACUCUACUUUUACAUGUACAUAUACAAGGAGUGUUAGACUAGAAUAGUGAUAUAUUUAAUAGAGACAUUUAACUUAGUCUGCUGAGUGUCAAAAAUUGUCUAAAUGAUUUCAUAUUUUUGCUGAAAAUCUCUGAAACAAAACACAGUUUGAUAUGAGAUUUGUCCUUUAAAUACGAAAAUAUUUUCAUAUGAUGUCCUACUGUGCGUUUAGAACGUCACGCGACAUUGCUCGCGACUAUUGAAAAAAAAGGGAGAUGCUUCUUUCGUCUUUGGAUGUCAUGUAAUGCGAGGGCACGUCCUACUUGAAAAUAUUGUUAGUAAGUUUCUUUUUGUUAAAGAAAUGUACAGCUGCUGUUGGUUGCUUAUAAUAACGGCGUACGCGGAGUUAGCGGCGCAAUGUGGAUGAUAUUAGGCAAAACUUUAGUUUUUAUUCCUACUUUAAAAAAUGGAAUCUAUCGUUAAAGAUUUAAUAAUGUUUAUUCCGUAAUUACUUUUUGUAUUUCACUUAGAAAUUACAAUUCUGAAGAGUGAUCUGGCAUUGGAGGUUGAUGAAUUUUAAUCUCUUUGAUCUUAGAUUAAAGCUACUUACAGCUUAGAAUUUUGCAUGUAGAAGAUUUAGAGAGAUUUAUUAGUAAAUUGAAUAAUUUCCAAAAGUAUUCAAAAUUUCAUUUAUAUUGAUUUCAAUUUUAAUGGAAAUCUUUUUCGUUUAUUUUUUGUUUUACUCCUAUAGAUCACUACUGAUCUAAUGAUACAAAUUUAAGUCACUAAGAAGAAAAAUAAGUUUAAGAAGAAAUAAAAGGUAAUAACAAUAUUAUAUCGAAUGAAAGAAUUUGUUAUCGUUGAUCAUUCGCGAUCAGUAUUGUUGCAACACUUAGUUUGUGGAAAAUUUUUAAAUCGAUUUAUAAGAACAAUUUAAAUUGAUCGAUCAAACGAUAUUUUUCGAAAUAAAGUCUACAUUCUGGUAGACAGAUAACAAUUUAGAUCAGUUCUGAAUCAAAUAUUUAAGGUCUAACAUAUCCAAAGUUCUAUACUCAACUAAAUCCUUUAGUUUUAAUACAGGGUUACUCCAAUACGAAGCUUUUCACAUAAGUUCGAACACUUUGUCAUUUGUAAACUGAUCACUGCAUUAAUUUAAUUAUUAUUACUAUUCUAUCACAAUAAUAUUCAUUAAAAAAUAUUGAAUUGAUUUCAUUUAAGAAUAAAUUACUGUUUGACAGGAUCAUUCGCUUUCGAUUGAUCUUUUAUUAUAUAAUUGAUCUAGCAAUGAUCUCAAAUGAAACAAAACGCCUUAAAAUUCACGUUAAUGUAUUGAUUGUGUUAACCCUUGAUUCAUCUGCGGGAUCAGUUUGCAAUUGAAUGGAAUUAAUCUUGUAUUAUUUUAAAGUCGAUGAAUUAGACUUUCAGAUGAUACAAAAAACUUUAUAAACGAAAGCGUCUUCGCGCUGACAAACAUGGUCAAUAUCUAACAACUACCACUGAAACUUGGCAAUAUCACAAGAUCAGUACAUAUGGUAGUAAAUAACGUCACAGAUUAUGUCGCAGAUUUAAUAGCAAUGUUUACAGAUUAGCAUAGAAUCACCUAGAUUUUAGUAUUGAUCUUAAUAACAUGAUAAAAUUAAGAUCAAUAUGAAAUCUCUUAAAUUUUAAUAAGUAACGGAAGUGGUUAAGAACAAAAGUAAAAUCACAUUUUAUCCCCAAAACUUUCUAUACCUUUUGCAACAUUAGUUAAUAUAAUGAAAAAUAAUUAUUAAAAUUACAAACAAACAGCAAGUGUAGAACAUGAUUUGUGACAUGCGAUCAGAAGUACUCCAGAAUAUUUUACAAAGUUUCACGCUUAGUUUUGGUUGUUAAAAAAAGCUAGAUAAAUCGACAGUAAGGUGCCACUGUUUUUCCCAAAAUUUUAGCUUAAAUGACAUUAAAUUUGUUGUCAACUUUAGGCCUACUGCUGUGGCAAGUAUAUGCUCUAUAGAUUUGGAAAAAGCAGGAGCAUUAUUAUUAUUAUGUUUAUGACCUGCUCUUUCAAAAUAUUUCUUGAAAUUUUUUCUUUUUUUCGCGUUGAAAACCAUCAUCCAACGAAAUUAAAUUUUCUUCUGGCAUAUGAACCCAACCCCAUGUUGAGCUGUUUGUGUAUUUUUGAGCGGCACAAUUUUUAUUCUACGCUCUUGCUCUCUUGGUGUUUUGGGAGAAUUUUUAUUUCAACAAAAAAAUAAUUUCCAACAAUUCAUUUUUUUCCUCUUGUUGUUUUUGUUUCUUUUGGUAAACAUUUAAUUUUUUCUAUAUUUCUUUAUUUUUUACAUUUUUUUCCUCCAAUACAAUAUGAUGUUGCUGUUGAUUGUGGCAAGUUUGAGUUGAAAAAAAUAUAUAUUUUCCCUUCUUGUGAGUGUGUGCGUAUUCAAGUACGUAUGAGUGUUGUUGUUGCAGUAGUUGUUGGUGUCGUAUAAAUACCACAAUGGAAAAAUGGGAAAUUUUUUGUGUGGUUGUUGUUGUGGCAAUGGUGGUUGCUUGAUACCUGCUUGCUUUUUUGUCUGGCCUGUAUAGUUUGAGCGAGUAAUGUGUGUCUGUCUGUCUGCCUGCUGCAUGCACCCUUAAUUUGUGUGUGCGUGUGUGUGUAAGAGUUUGUGUAAGGGGUCGUACAAUAAAAAUUUAUACUCUUAACCAACCAACAACCGUACGACCCAUAAAGCGAUUCACAUUUUUACUUCAAAUACUGCUGAUGAUCGUUGCAGAGAGUCAGUUCACUCAGCGACUUGAACGUGUUAAGAACACAUACAGAACAAGAAACAAAAUUAAAAACGUUUCCUUAAAAAAAUACAAACAACAAUUUUUUGAAAAAGAAAAACGUAACGAAAAAAAAAUUUUAACGACGCACAAGAAACGAAAGAAAAGAUAAAAAUUAAACGUAACAUACGGAUAAUUUAAGAAAAAUAAACAGUGUAAAAAAGAAUUUGAAAAAAGAAAAAUCUCAAAAGAGAGUUAAAAGAAAAAGUGUUUGAAAAUUUAACAACAGUCUUACGAAAACAGUUAAAGUGUAAAGAUCGUAUUAAACGAAAUCAAAAAAAAACUUAAACCAUAACACAAGGAUUAUCUAAACAACAACAACACUUGGAUUAUCAAUUAAUUUCAAUUUUUACAAAACACAACGAAUUUAAAUAUGCAUUUGCCUGCUGGUCCCACCAUGGUUGCUACUCCCGCCCAAGCCAUGCCUACCAACAACAAUAACACAAACUCCGCCAGCUCGACUGGUUCCUCUACUCCAGAUACCACUUCCAAUGCCGCCAAAAUGCCCAGCUCCAUGACCGACAUGUUUGCCAGUCUCCACGAAAUGUUGCAAGAAUAUCACGGUGAAUUGGCCCAAACUGGUUCUCCUUCCAUCUUAUGCAGUGCUCUACCCAAUCACUGGCGUUCCAACAAAUCACUGCCCGGUGCCUUCAAAGUUAUUGCUUUGGAUGAUGUACCCGAUGGCACCUUAGUCACCAUCAAGUGUGGCAAUGAUGAGAACUACUGCGGAGAAUUGCGCAACAGCACCGCCAUCAUGAAGAAUCAAGUGGCCAAAUUCAAUGAUUUACGUUUUGUUGGCCGUUCGGGUCGUGGCAAAUCCUUCACCUUGACCAUUACUAUUGCUACAUAUCCAGUGCAGAUUGCCUCAUACACCAAAGCUAUUAAAGUGACCGUUGAUGGUCCACGGGAGCCAAGAAGUAAGCAAAGCUACGGUUAUCCACAUCCAGGAGCAUUCAAUCCAUUCAUGUUAAAUCCUGCUUGGUUAGAUGCUGCCUACAUGACCUACGGCUAUGCUGAUUACUUCCGCCACCAAGCUGCUGCCGCAGCUGUCCAUCAUCCCGCUUUGGCUAAAACUUCACCUUUGCCAACUGGCCAAACUGUAGUGCCACCACCAUCUGCUGCUGGUUCUCCCAAUGACUAUCAUCAUCCCAGCCAAAUUACACCACCACCAGCCGGUGCUCCAGCUGUAAAUCCUGCUAGCAUGAUUCCUUCGCCUCCAGGUUCCAAUUACAGCAUGCCUCAGUUCCCAUUCAAUCCUGUGGCUGCUGCCGCCGCUGCUGCUGCUGCUCAAGCUCAUCCUGAUUUAUUGCAUCCUCAUCAAAAGGCUGCUCAUCCUCAUGCCUUCCAUCCCUACAACUUGGCUGGCUUAAGAGCUCGCCCUAAUCACAUGCACAACACCUCUUUGGGCUCACACUCCUCUACCGAACACAUCAGUCCAGCUCACAUUAGUCCAGCUUCGUCAAGACCUUCUUCCUCCUCGCCUACUCAUGCUGCUCUCAACAAUAAGUUCAACACCUCGGUAGAAACCAGUUCUCUUCACGAACAAUCUGCCUCGGAUGCUGAUUCAGAUGAUGAACAAAUCGAUGUGGUUAAAUCUGCCUUUGUACCCAUCUUGCGUCCACAAAUCCCCAGCCUAAAUGGCUCCAUUGAAGACUUGGAUAAAUCCAUCGAUUCCACCCGUUCCUCACCUACCCAACACAUCACUUUGCCUCCCCGUGCCAGAUGUGAAUUGAAAGCUCCUUCCUCCAUGAAACCCUAUUUCCAUGAAACCUCCUCACAACAUUCUCGCCAAUCAUCACCCGAAACCACUUUACCAGCUGCUACCAAACUCAAGAGUGCCGCCAACACCCAAAAAACCGUGUGGCGCCCAUACUGAGAAGUUAAUUUGGCGCAAGAUGUCGUCAUUGCUUAUCUUCUCUUACGGCUUGCCAAGGAAUUGGCAUGGAAACGUAUUCUAAUGGCCAACGAAAGCAACAGCGCUAACGGACUUUAAACAAAACAGUUCAACAACUGAUGGAUUCAGUUUUCCCGAAAGCGCUGGCACAGCAAUCGAGGUAUAAUUGUGUAUGUAGCAAACUAAGAAAAAAUAUAUAUGUGCUUGUGUGUCUGUAUUUAAAAAAGCCGACGGCAAAACAACAGCAACACAUAUAAUUUUUCAUUUGCACUGGAAACAAAUACUAACGCCUACAACAACAAGAGGUUUUCAACUCUUGAAAAAAUGUGAUACAACAAAUGGAGUAGCAGCUCUCCCUACAAAUAAAUCCCCCCAAAAAAUGCUUGUGAUAUAGUGAUAAGUUUAAAACAAAUUUCCCGCCCGGCACUCCCCGCAACAGACCCCAGGAUUAUUGCAAUGGUCUUUUUUCUACUAAUCGAAAAAAAAUUCUCCUCCCCCCAACUGAAGGAUUCCGGCGAAUUUUUAUGCUCGACUCAUAAAAUCGUACGCAGAGUUCGUUUUCAUUGUCGAUGCAAUAGUCCUACGAUUUCGUCGUUGUUUAUUAUUAACGAAAAAAAACUAAAAUUUUAUUUUAAUUGUAAGAUGCAAUUAACGAUUUUAUUCAUUUAAAAAUUGUUUAAUGUGUUUGCUCAAAA